AUGCCUCCGCGUCGCCGGGAAACUUGGGGAUACCGCGGCGUCCGCGCGCCCCCCUCCGGCGGCUUCUCCGCCGAGAUCCGGUUCCGCGGGAUGCGCCUCGGCCUCGGCAUUUUCGACACCGCCAACGAGGCUGCGCGCGUGUACGACGCGGCGGUGUGGCGCCUCCGGUGGCCUCAUAGAACAUUGAACUUCCCCAACGUGCCGACACGGGAGCGGGCGCCUUUGCCGCGGCUUAGCACCGAUGAGGAUCGUCGCGACAACCGGAGCUGGGAGCACCGUCUCGGCAUCACUGAGAUGGACGAGGAAGCCAUGGCGCUGUGGCGCCAACACUUCCCGCAGGACAUCAUCAAUGAGCGCGAGUUCUACGCGCAAAGGAGGGCGGAGAGGGAUAAGAGGAGGGCGGAGCGAGCCGCCUAUCGCGAGGACAAGCGUAGGCAAAAAGCGGAAGCUCAAUUCAAGAUGAGGCUAGGAGCAGCGUCGCCCUGGGAAUCCGACGAAGAUCGAUAUAUUCACACCUACAUAUCUACUUCUCGAUCUCAGCACUGUAAACGCUUUUUUAAAGCGCCGCGCAUUGCGAUUCUGUUGGAGAUGCUCUAA